AUGUCCAGAACUAACCAUCCAGAUACUCACCAUGUCCAGAACCAACCAUCCAGGUACUCAUCAUGUCCAGAACCAACCAUCCAGAUACUCACCAUGUCCAGAACCAACCAUCCAGGUACUCACCAUGUCCAGAACCAACCAUCCAGAUACUCACCAUGUCCAGAACCAACCAUCCAGAUACUCACCAUGUCCAGAACCAACCAUCCAGGUACUCACCAUGUCCAGAACCAACCAUCCAGAUACUCACCAUGUCCAGAACCAACCAUCCAGGUACUCACCAUGUCCAGAACCAACCAUCCAGAUACUCACAAUGUCCAGAACCACCCAUCCAGGUACUCACCAUGUCCAGAACCAACCAUCCAGAUACUCACCAUGUCCAGAACCAACCAUCCAGAUACUCACCAUGUCCAGAACCAACCAUCCAGAUACUCACAAUGUCCAGAACCACCCAUCCAGGUACUCACCAUGUCCAGAACCAACCAUCCAGAUACUCACCAUGUCCAGAACCAACCAUCCAGAUACUCACCAUGUCCAGAACCAACCAUCCAGAUACUCACCAUGUCCAGAACCAACCAUCCAGAUACUCACCAUGUCCAGAACCAACCAUCCAGAUACUCACCAUGUCCAGAACCACCCAUCCAGGUACUCACCAUGUCCAGAACCAACCAUCCAGAUACUCACCAUGUCCAGAACCAACCAUCCAGAUACUCACCAUGUCCAGAACCAACCAUCCAGAUACUCACCAUGUCCAGAACCAACCAUCCAGAUACUCACCAUGUCCAGAACCAACCAUCCAGAUACUCACCAUGUCCAGAACCAACCAUCCAGGUACUCACCAUGUCCAGAACCAACCAUCCAGGUACUCACCAUGUCCAGAACCAACCAUCCAGAUACUCACCAUGUCCAGAACCAACCAUCCAGGUACUCACCAUGUCCAGAACCAACCAUCCAGGUACUCACCAUGUCCAGAACCAACCAUCCAGGUACUCACCAUGUCCAGAACCAACCAUCCAGAUACUCACCAUGUCCAGAACCAACCAUCCAGAUACUCAUCAUGUCCAGAACCAACCAUCCAGGUACUCACCAUGUCCAGAACCAACCAUCCAGAUACUCACCAUGUCCAGAACCAACCAUCCAGAUACUCACCAUGUCCAGAACCAACCAUCCAGGUACUCACCAUGUCCAGAACCAACCAUCCAGAUACUCACCAUGUCCAGAACCAACCAUCCAGAUACUCAGUAUCCUACUAGCCCUCGCCUACGAGUCUUUCUGUACUUCAAUUCUUCUCUUGGGCUUCUAUUAAAUCUCUUAUAA